GUCAUUACUGCAGCCCGGCGGGGUUACCUCCAGAUCAGCAUGAGGGAGUGCCUUUCCAUCCACAUUGGCCAAGCUGGUAUCCAGAUUGGGGAUGCUUGCUGGGAACUCUAUUGCCUGGAACAUGGAAUCCAGCCAGAUGGCGUUGUUCUCAACAGUAGAAAGGAUCAACUGGAAAGUGAGAACAUGGAGCAUAUGGAUGCAUCUUUCAAUACCUUCUUUUGUGAGACGAGAGCUGGGAAGCACGUGCCCAGAGCCCUCUUCAUGGAUCUGGAUCCUGCUGUUAUAGAUGGGAUUCGAGCUGGCCAGCACCGCUCUCUCUUCCACCCAGAGCAGCUUGUCAGCGGGAAGGAAGACGCCGCGAACAACUACGCCCGCGGUCGCUACUCUGUGGGGUCCGAGAUCAUCGACCUUGUGCUAGAGAGGAUCCGAAAGCUGGCAGAGCAGUGCAGUGGACUUCAGGGAUUUUUGAUUUUCCGAAGCUUUGGAGGAGGCACCGGAUCAGGAUUUACAUCUCUCUUAAUGGAGCGGCUCUCGAUAGACUAUAGCAGGAAGACGAAAUUGGAGUUCUCUGUCUAUCCAGCCCCCGGGAUCUCCACUGCUGUGGUGGAGCCUUACAACUCCAUCCUUACCACGCACUCCACCCUGGAGCACUCGGACUGCACCUUCAUGGUGGACAACGAGGCCAUUUAUGACAUCUGCCACCAUAAACUCGGUGUCGAGCGCCCCUCUUACGCCAGCAUUAAUAGGCUGAUAGGUCAGGCGGUAUCUUGCAUUACUGCUUCCCUCCGGUUUGAAGGGCCCUUGAAUGUGGACCUCAUUGAAUUCCAGACCAACCUAGUACCUUACCCAAGAAUACAUUUCCCCAUGACAACAUUUGCCCCCAUCAUCUCUGCUGACCACGCCUACCGUGAGGAGCCCUCUGUGUCCGACAUCACUGCCGCCUGCUUUGACUUCUCCAAUCAGCUGGUCAAGUGCGACCCUCGGCUGGGGAAGUACAUGGCCUGCUGCCUACUCUACAGAGGGGACGUGGUCCCCAAAGAUGUGAAUGCAGCCAUCGCAGCCAUGAAGUCAAGGAACUCUGUGCAGUUUGUGGAUUGGUGUCCGACGGGUUUCAAGGUGGGCAUCAACAACCAGCCACCCACAGUGAUGCCAGGAGGGGACCUGGCCAAGGUCCAGCGGGCCGUGUGCAUGCUGAGCAACACCACGGCCGUCGUGGAGGCGUGGGCCCGCCUGGACCACAAGUUCGACCUCAUGUACGCCAAGAGGGCGUUUCUGCACUGGUACCUCAGGGAAGGCAUGGAGGAAGGCGAGUUCUCAGAGGCCAGGGAAGACUUGGCCGCUCUGGAGAAGGAUUAUGAAGAAAUGGGGCAAAGUUUCUGAUGGAAACGUGGCUGGGGAGAAUGAGUGUUGAGUCGAAGUGUCAUGCUUUCUUUUCAAGACUUAUGUACUCUUGAUGGGUAGAGUUCCCUUGACUGGAAGAAACUGGAAACCAAAUCAAGCAAGACCCUAAGCUCUGCACUAAAUCGAAUGGGUCAAUACCAACAAUGAACUCACAGGUCUUCGGUGGUUCAGCACGGCUACCUGUGAACCCCCCCCCGGUUUGGGAUCCUUUGAGCGUCUGGAUCACGUCCGUGUUUCUUUUCUUUUGUUUUCUUUUUUUUUUCUUAGAAUGGAAACCUAGCUUUAUUCUUUGCUUCUUCAACAAAAGAUGAUGAAACCCUAAAGUCAGUGCUUUUUGCUUUCCCUUUCCUGAAGUGUAAAACAGCACAUGUUAAUUAUUAAUGUUAUUUCCCCCAUGUCUGUAUUUUGUACAUUGACUAA